AUGGCCACUGAAAACCGGGUCAAUUUUUGGAGGAGAAAUGUAAAGGUUCCAGGAAGAUAUUUGAAAGAGACUAAGCUGAACCUGAACAACGUGAGAUCCAAGAAGGCCUCCAGUUUCCAUGAGUUUGCCCGAAGCACAAACGAUGCCUGGGACAUCGAGGACGAGGAGGAGGACGAGGAGGCACUCACGCAUGUCCAGACCUCAGUCUCCGUAGACCAUCCCCUGCCCCUGUCACUGCCCCCAGAGCAGAGCCCCCUGUGUGGUGAGAGAUCUGUCCACAAUGGGACCAUGGUCCAGUCCAGCAGUGACAGCCACCUCCAGGACUCAGACAUGGGCUCAGAGCAGAGGCCUCCGUCCCUCCCCUCUCGUCCCAUCAUCCCUCUGGUGGCUCGUAUAUCAGACCAGAACUCAUCUGGAGCUCCUCCCAUGACUGUGCGUGAGAAGAGCCGCCUGGAGAGGUUCCGAACGCUGCUGUGUGACCACAACACAGACCUGGAUGAGCUCCGGAAGCACAGCUGGUCAGGGAUUCCACGAGAGGUCCGGCCCAUCACCUGGAGACUGCUCUCUGGCUACCUCCCAGCCAACAGGGAGCGGCGUGAGCACGUUUUACAGAGGAAACGUGAGGAAUACUUUGGAUUCAUCGAACAGUAUUACGACUCCAGAAGUGACGAGCCGCACAGAGACACAUACAGACAGAUCAACAUCGACAUCCCCAGAACCAACCCUCUGAUCCCUCUGUUCCAGCAGCCGGCCGUACAGGAGGUGUUUGAGAGGAUCCUAUUCAUCUGGGCCAUCCGACACCCGGCCUCUGGCUACGUGCAGGGCAUCAACGACCUCGUCACGCCCUUCUUCGUGGUCUUCCUCUCAGAGUUUGUGGAGGACGACAUGGAGAACUUUGACGUUGCGGCGCUUCCUGUUGAAACUCAGAGAAACAUUGAGGCUGACAGCUUCUGGUGCAUGAGCAAGUUACUGGAUGGGAUCCAGGAUAAUUACACCUUUGCUCAGCCAGGGAUUCAGAACAAAGUGAAGGCGCUGGAAGAGCUGAUCGGCAGAAUUGACGAGGACGUCCACGUGCACUUCAGGCGGUACGAGGUGGAGUAUUUACAGUUCGCCUUCCGCUGGAUGAACAACCUGCUGAUGAGAGAGCUGCCCCUGCGCUGCACCAUCCGCCUCUGGGACACAUACCAGGCAGAGUCUGAGGGCUUCUCCCAUUUCCAUCUUUAUGUCUGUGCCGCAUUUCUCAUCAAAUGGCGCAAAGAGAUCCUGUCCAUUGCUGACUUCCAGGGUCUUCUAAUGCUGCUACAGAACCUUCCCACAAUCCACUGGGGCAACGAGGAAGUGGGGCUCUUAUUGGCUGAGGCGUACAGACUGAAGUACAUGUUUGCAGACGCUCCGAGCCACUACAAGAGAUGA